AUGACGCGAAUGGUGAAGCAAGUGUGGAAGCAUAUGCAGAACCCUCGGGUCCCUAUUUCCCAGGCCAAUCAAUCAUCAUGCACUGCAAAGUCACUGGAGAUACAACUACAUUCUGCACCUGGAACCCCCCAUAUGGAGCAGCCAUUUUCCCGGAGUGUGAGCAGCAGCAGGACGAAAGAAUGCACUUUCAGAAUCAAGAGUGCCAGUGACUUCGAGAAUGGGAAAUGGACUUGCAGCCCCUCCUUGCGUGGUGGCAAUUCGAAAAGGAGCGACCCUGUUGAUAUUCUUGUAGCACGACCACCGGAAUCUAUAGGUAUUCAGGUGUCUGAAGUCCUAAGGGAUGCUAACCACGAAAUCCUACAGGCACAAAAUCCAGUCAACUUCACUUGUGAGGUGGAAGGCAUUCGCCCUGAUGUUGAGAGCAUCCAGUGGUAUAUUGUGAGGGAAGAUGGAAGUGAAGACCCUUUGACGCCGUCUCACACUGAGCUCCUCCGCAACAACAAAACCUUUGUCUCGGCUGACUUUUCCUCUUACCCAGGAAUGCCGAAUCAAGGGGUGCAGCAGAUGAUGGUCUUUAAUGUAAAUGCCACUUUUAGCCAUGUCAUCUCUCCUCAGGACAAUGGGAGAAAUUUGGUUUGUCGUGUGACUCACAUGCUGCUUCAUCCUGCCAAUAAUUCUGCCUCUACUAAGUUGGAAGUACAAUAUGUCCCUGUAGUGCAUAUGGAUGCCUGGAAGACAAAGAACUUUGACCCCAAUGGAAAUAAAUUUUAUCUACCACCAGGCACAAAAGGAGAGAUCACUGUGCAUUUCCUUGCCAAUCCACCUAUCUCUGCUCCAGAAAGGGAGGUUCAGUGGAUCCUUCGCAAUAGUGUUACCUUGAAUAGUGGGGAAGAAUAUGGGAAGGUCAAGGCUGGUCCUGUCACUCGUGCUCCGAGUGCGAGGGAUGAUCUGUAUGAGACCACAUUGACUAUUGACCCAGUGGGCCGUGAAGAUGCAACUGAUGGUUACCUUCUUCGACUUUACUCCUCCUCUGUUUCCCUGAAUGCACAAGAGCCAUACACAGAGUUUAAAUUUGGGGUUGAACUUGCGGACAGACCCCCUGCUACAGUAGGCUCUAUUUUCUACUAUCAUUACAAACAGAAAAAAGUUAGGAACAUCACAUUGUCCAAGGAGGAAACGGACCGAUUCUUGAGAGGACAACCCGAGAGCUUGAAUCCAAUGAUGGGCCUUAGCGAACAAGCGCAUCUGCUGCCAUUCGAAGAGCACUGGCACUUCCCUGCUGAAAAACUGAAACUCGGUAAGGACCCGUACCCCCAAUCUGGCGGAUAUGUUAAGAAGGUAGAUUCCAUCGCAAUAGGAGAAGUCCUCGGCAGUGGCGCAUUCGGUUACGUACUGAAGGCCGUGGCUGUUGGGAUCUGUCCUCCGGAGCCCAAAACGAUAGUGGCCGUGAAGAGAAGGAAGCCUCUCUCCAGUCUGGAGAAUUAUCAGACCCAUUUGAUGGAGGUGAAGAUCAUGAGUCACCUCGGAAUGCACUUGAAUGUCGUCAAUUUCCUUGGAGUAUGCACCAAAGAUGUGGCACAUGGGGAUCUGAUGAUGAUCGUGGAAUACUGCCCUUUUGGGAGUCUGCAGAAGUACCUAAGGGCAAAUGUAUCGCACUUCAUCGAUCAGAGAGACCAUCCCAUCGGAACGCUUACUGGCAACACCUGGAGACAGCAGCAUCACACCCAUGAUUCUGAAGAUGCUGAACUCAAAACUGAGAGAGAAGGAACACACGGAUCGUUCCAGCCAACAACUCCUUCUCGUCUAAACAGCGAAUGGGUUGUGAAAUACGUCGCGGUUGCAUCCCCAGCGACUGACUCCGGAGGAACCGAAGAUGUACUCCAAAAGGAUUCCAUUGCCUCUGACUCUGGAAUUCUGCCGUAUUCGAGUCGAAGUGAGAGUGAUUCAAAAAAUGCUGCGCUGAAGGGGAACGCCAGCCAUAAGUCCUUAGAAGGAAGUGCUCGCUCAAGACAAUUCACGACUAGUAAUCUCGUCUCUUGGGCCUACCAGAUAGCUAAAGGCAUGGAAUACUUGGUUUCCCGAAAGGUUGUCCAUAGGGACCUGGCCACGAGAAACAUUCUACUUGCAGAAGAAAACAUCGUGAAAAUUUCCGACUUUGGCCUCGCUAGAGACAUCUAUGAGGGUAAUCAGUACGCCCAAAAGGGGGGUGGUCCAUUGCCGAUAAAAUGGAUGGCCUUGGAGUCCCUCACACAGGACAUGGUUUACACAAGCAAAUCGGAUGUUUGGGCGUAUGGAGUAACACUUUGGGAAAUGUUCAGCCUUGGGAAGACACCAUAUCCUGGAAUGAACGGCGCAGAGCUCGUCCGGCUUCUCCAGACGGGCUACCGCAUGGAGGCACCUCGGUUCGCCGAUCAUCAUAUCUACCAAAUAAUGACGAGGUGUUGGGAUGAAGAUCCAAAAGAUCGACCGACCUUCUCCGCGUUGAGUGCAUGGUUUGGGGAAAUGCUACAUGAGUCUGAACGUCUUCACUACGUGGAAAAGAGCGAGGCGUUCGCGAAAAAGAACGAAGAAUACUUCCGGACCAAGACGGACUACCUAAAAAUGAUGACAAUUGAUCCGGAAGAUGGAUACCUGGCACCACUGAGAAAAAAGUAUGGAGAUGAAGAUGUUUCAAUUGCAGCCGAAAAUGUGAAAUCGGAGAAUUUUCAGCCAAAUAUGGAUUAUCUACUGAAUAUGAGAACCAGGACAAAAUUGGAUCACGUGCGGGCAAGACAGGAACCACAAGGGCAAAAAGAAAAUCCUAUGGUAUAUGCAAACCUCAAAGACGACGCAUUCUACGGGAACGAGGAAAAACGUCACAGAGGACCAGAACACACUGAGAAUCAAUAUUCGGAGAUUACUGUAGCGGUGAAUACGAAAUAAAAGCCAAGUAAUGUCGAAGCACCACUGGAUCGUGCAUUUCACGAGUGGAAAUGGAUCGCCCCAAAAGUCAAGGAAGUACGGUGAAAACAAGCCAAUGAGCAUGCAAUUGCUCUCAUUUAUCCUCAUC